AUGCGACUUCAUUCACUCAAGGAGCUCGACAGCUCCGAAGGAACUGUUCAGCUUCACGACAGAACCGAAGAAGGAAACCUGAUUCUACACCCUCAACCGAACCCAUACGACCCCAAUGACCCUCUUCGAUGGCCGAAAUGGAAGAAGUUCAUAUGCUUCUUCAGCGUCUGCUCGUUCGCAUUUCUGGCCAACUACGCAAUUGGCGGCCUUGCACCGGCGUUCUACCCUCUCAGCAUCGAGUUCAACAAGACAAUGACAGAGACUAGUGCGCUGCUGAUAUGGCCGAUUCUUGUGCUGGGAGUCUUCAACUUUCUCUGGGUACCACUGGCGAACUACUUUGGAAAGCGACCGAUCUUCGUCUUUGCGACCCUUCUGCUCUGUCUGGCCUAUUUGUGGGGAGCGGUUGCGCAAACAUUCGGGAGCCUUCUCUGGAGCAACAUCGUGGCGGCAUUUGCUGGAUCUGCCUCGGAAGCUCUCGCGGCAUCCAUCGUCAACGACGUCUUCUUUCUGCACCAGCGAGCCAAUCUGAUGAGCUGGUACAUGAACGCCAUUUCAGGCGGAAACACGAUUGGCCCUCUGAUCUGCGGUUUCGUGGUCACCGGAUCCAGUUGGCGCGUUCAGAAAUGGAUAGCAUUUGGGCUUGUGGCAAUCAACUUCCUGCUUGUGGUCUUUUUCGUGCCAGAGACAAGAUAUGACCGCUCUGAGCUCAUGAGGUCACCCGCGAGCUCUGCGAGGAGCCUCUCACUGGACUCUGAAUCAAGCUCAGCGAAGGAAGAAGCACCGCCUGCUACUACUGGCAAUGAGACUGAUAUCGAAAAGGCGAAUGCGUCACCUGUUAUCAAGGCGGUCCACCCUGCCCACCGCGAACCUGCCGCCGAGAUUCCGAAAAAGAGCUUCAUGCAGGAACUGAGCCUUUGGUCCGGUCUACCCAAAAACACGAACCUCUUGAAACUCUUCCUUCGACCUCUCCCCAUGAUCGCCUACCCAGCCGUCAUUCUCGCGUUUUUGGGCUUUGCUGUCUCACUCGCCUGGGUCGUCGCCAUAAACAUCCUGAACAGCUUCGUUCUACAAGCCCCGCCGUACAACUGGAAGCCAGACAUCAAUGGUCUGAUCAAUAUUCCUGGUCUGAUAGGCAAUCUAUUUGGAGCCUGGAUUGGUGGCUGGGUCGUGGAUCGGUAUAGCGACUGGAGAAGCAAGAAGAACGGCGGCGUGUUCCAGCCAGAGACGAGAUUACACUUGUUGAUUAUCCCUGGACUCAUUGUUCCAGCAGGAUGUUUGUUGUGGGGAUAUGGCGUGGCAAGGAGCAUGCAUUGGACUGCUCUCUUCUUCGCCAAUGGCAUGGUCAGCGUUGGUCUAACCGCCGUCCCAACAAUGACGAUGACAUACGUCUCAGACAGCUACUUGCCUGUCAAUGCGGACGCUUUGACACUCGUCGUCGGCUUGAAGAACGUCGUCGCCUUCGGCUUUCUUUAUGGCAUCGUGCCCUGGGUCGACAAGACGGGCAACAUCAAUGCUUUCGGCACUCAAGCCGGCAUCUACGUCGCCAUCAUGCUGCUCGCCAUUCCCAUGAUCAUCUGGGGCCAGCAGAUCCGACAUACAACCGCCGCUUGGCGGAUAAUACUUUAA